GUGAUGGUAGCUCAAUAGACCGAAAACUUUGAAUACAGCACCAGCCAGACGAAAUGAGCGAGUCAAGCCUUCGCCUCGUUUGUUGUUUAACAGCAGAGCAUGUUCCAGCAUGUCAGCGACUUCAUAAAUAUGCAAAGUACAACGGAGAACACGUAUUCGGCGUGCAGGCACAAAAGGAUGUCUCCGAAUUGCUGCGGUCCGCUGCGGAGGGCCGCGACGGCGCGCACGGCUGGGUGGCUGUGAGCUCGGAGCCGGACGGCGAGGGCGAGGUCGUGGGCGCCCUCACAGCCCAGUGGGAGGAGCCCGACGCCUGCGUGCUGCUCACGCUGGUGGUCCGCUCGGACGCACGGGGGCAGGGCGUGGGCAAGGCACUGCUGCAGGCCCUGCAGCAGCACGUACGGGCGAGGCAGAAAGUGCUAAGACCGGUCGGCGCCGGCGGCGGUGGUGGCGACGGGGCCGGCAUCAAGCUGUUAACAGACGUGUCGGUGGCCAAUGACGCGGCGUUGGGCUUCUUUAAGCGGGCGGGCUUCAAGCAGGUCGGCCGGGGCAACGGCCGGAGCGUGGAGCUGUCAAUAACCUGCAGCAGCCGCAGCUGCAGUGGCAGUAGCAGCUGCAGUGGCAGUAGCAACUGCAGUGACAGUAGCAGCAGUAGCAGUGACCGCGCUUGGGGCUGGCACGCCCGAACCUUCGCUGCGCCUGUGAGCUGGGGUGCCGGGCAAGGGCGGGAGCCGCACGCACGGAGGGUGGCGUCGAGGCGAGCGCAGCGGUCGUGUCGCGCGCACUUUGGCUCAGUGCGUGGGACCGUCGCCACAACCGCCGUCGGCAUGGCGACGCGGGGUGCCGUCUCCGUGUGGGUGCGGCCAUCAAGUACGGCGCCUGGUGCUCUGCUUGCACGGCAAACGCGCGCGCCAGUGAGGGUCGGGUUUGGGUGUUGUUGAGGCCGUAGGGGCGUGCCUGCGGGGGUUGAGUCUGUGGACCUUGUAUGGUAUGCUUAGUGGGAAGAGCAGACAACAAGCGGAAAGACAGAAUGAGAGGAGUUCAGAGGAGCAGAGAUGACCAAAUGUGUGUGUUCCAUCGCACAGACACAAAGCGUAGAGCUCAACCUGCGGCGUGAGCGAGGUAGUCAUCCUGGUUGUUUGGUAGUGCCCAGACCCUACGAGUAUCGAAUGGCAUGUGCAAGGCGGUUUGGGGGCCAUCGACGGACGCGUACAUAGGGGCGGUGGACCUGAAUGACCGGAAGGUGCGCGGGGCUUCCAGCCGUGUCCUGGCGGAAGCUGGGUUUCGUGGCAUUGCCCUUGGCUCGGCGACGCGUUCGUCAUCAGCCAUUCUGCAUUAUACAUUCUCUCGGC